AUGGAUGGCAAUCAGGAAUUAUUUCCCUGUGAAGUCUGUGGAAGACGCUUUGCAGCAGAUGUUCUGGAAAGACAUGGACCAAUUUGUAGAAAACUCUUCAACAAAAAACGUAAACCUUUCAAUUCCUUAAAACAAAGAUUGCAGGGUACUGACAUUCCCACUGUGGGGAAGGUGCCUCAGUCCAAGCCACAACCCGUGAGAAAAUCUAACUGGAGACAACAUCAUGAAGACUUCAUUAAUGCGAUUCAGUCAGCAAAGCAGUGUACACUAGCCAUUAAAGAAGGCCAGCCUCUCCCACCUCCACCGCCUCCAACCGUCAACCCAGAUUAUAUUCAGUGUCCAUAUUGUAAGAGGAGAUUUAAUGAAACUGCAGCCAGUCGACAUAUUAAUUUCUGCAAGGAUCAAGAGUCUCGCCGAGUCUUUGAUCCAGCCCAGACAGCAGCCAGAUUGGAUUCCAGAGCACAGGGUAGAGCUCAAAUGAGUCCAAGAAAGGAACCGACUGUAACCAGUGCUGUGGGAGCUCUGCUACAGAACAGGGCCCUGGAGACCAGUGCAGCGCCAACCAGGCCAGGAUCAGCAGUGGACCCUGCUUCUGGAGCAAAACUCAGACAAGGAUUUGCUAAAUCUUCUAAAAAAGAUUAACUCCUAGAGGCCAGCCUGGCUCCCUCACCGUCCUCGACCUGGAUGGUCAUACCUAGGAACUCCACCUAAGAUGAGGGAACCAGAGGCAUCUGUUUACAUGCCUGCGAUUUCUUUGGAGACAUCAUGUAGAACAAGUAAAAACUACGUUCAAAUUUCCUUAUCUACUCCCUUCAAAUUUUCCCCCUCAAAUCAUUAAACAAUGCAUCAACCUGUAUGAUAACGCUUGAUUUAAAGAUUCACUUGAAGCUUUUUUUCCCCUGUGCUGUACAGUAGGUUCUGAUUAGUUAUCUGUUUUAUACAUACGUGCUUAGUGGCUCAGUCGUGUCUGACCCUUUGGACUGUAGCCUGCCAGACUCCUCCGUC